GGUUUAUGUACUUAACUUGAGAUUUUCCUCUCGUCCUCAUGAAUUUUUCCAACGAUGUCCCGUUUAAUCGUGAAAAAUCUACCCGCGUACCUGACGCCAGAUCGCCUCAGAAAGCACUUUGAACAACAAGGUGCUCCCUCUGGAACCAUCACAGAUGUGAAAAUUUCACUCAAGCAAGAUGGCACAUCACGUCGAUUCGGUUUCGUUGGCUUCAAGACGGAUCAAGAAGCAAACGCUGCUAAGGACUGGUUCGACCGCACGUUCAUCGACUCGACGCGAAUUAAUGUCAUGGUUGUUGCAGGCGCGAAAGAUGCUCCAGCUCCUCGACCAAAUAAAAGAAGACGCCUAGAAGAUAUCGCUGCAGACCCAGGACCGUCAUCGCGACCACAUGUUCACAAGGUGGACCAGAAUGGUAAGACAAGCGCUCCAGCCCCUUCGGCAUCAGCGUCUCCGCUAGAUCAGUUCAUGGAUGUCAUGCAACCUCGCACGAAAAAGUGUCCGUCAUGGGCAAAUGAAGCUAAGGAAUCUCAUCCAACAAUGACGACAUCCGAUGGACCAGAUAAUAACGAAGCUGUCUCGGACCUCGAAUGGAUGCGACAACGUAUGAACUUGGUAUCAGAUUCAUUGCCCGAUAAAGUCUUUGAGCAAUCGGACGACGAGGCACCAGACGUCUCGAUUAUUCCUUCGAAAUCUUGCCUUCUCAUGUACGGAAGCCUGAGAUCAUGGAGCUAUUUCAACCGGUUCGGGGAAGUUGCACAGGUCCAUAUAGUCAUCGACCGCUUGUCUAAGCAGUCGAAGGGUGUAGCCUACGUGACCUUUAAGCAGCCGACGUCUGCCCUCUUGGCGUAUGAGGCGCUGGACAAGACGUCCUUCCAAGGUCGUCUUCUCCACAUCAUUCCUGCUGUCGACCGUAAAGGCAAGUUUGAAGUAGUAGAGGGCGAGGAUGAGAGGAGUUCUCGGCGUAAAGCCACAGCUGGGCGGGAGUUCAAUUGGAGUAUGUUGUACAUGAAUAGCGAUGCAGUGGCAUCGUCUAUUGCCGAUAGGAUGGGAAUUGCCAAGGCAGAUAUUCUGAAUCCUGAGUCAGAUAAUGCGGCAGUCAAGCUUGCGCUUGCAGAGACACACGUUAUCCAAGAGACGAAGUCGUACCUCGAGUCCCAGGGGGUCAUUUUAUCGACAUUUUCUUCCCGAGCGCGGUCCGAUACUACGAUACUCGUGAAGAACAUCCCCUACGGUACCACUGCGGAACAGAUACGUGAGAUGUUCGAGUUACACGGGGAACUCAGCCGCGUCAUCGUACCACCGGCAGGUACCAUGGCGGUGGUGGAAUUCGAACAUGCAGAUGAAGCUGCCAAGGCUUUUCGAGCUGUAGCUUACCGACGUCUCGGAAGUAGUGUCGUCUACUUGGAGAAGGGUCCGAUGGGCAUGUUCCAAGAGACUGCGAAUGCGGCAGGGAACUCUGACCGUACGCUAAUAACUGCAUUCAAGCCGAUCAGCUAUCGCCGAGCAGGAAGACUGGCAGUGGAUGCUGAUGCGGACGAGCCUACUUUGUCUGCUGGGACGACUUUGUUCGUCAAGAAUCUGGCUUUCAGUACCACUGCAGAGCGUCUGAUGCAAGUCUUCCGGGGUCUUUCUGGAUUCUCGUUCGCGCGAGUACAGACCAAGCCUGAUCCUAAACGACCUACUGUUCCUGGCGCUGAAGCCCCCCGGUUGAGUAUGGGGUAUGGCUUCGUGGGGUUCAAGACGGCCGAAGAUGCGAAGAAGGCUAUGAAGAGUAUGCAGGGCUUUAUACUGGACGGACAUUCAUUGCACGUCAAGUUCGCUGGGCGCGGAACAGAAGACGAGCCUAAGGACAAUACAGUUGCCAAGAGCAGGUCGACGAAGAUGAUAGUUAAAAAUGUUCCAUUCGAAGCUACGAAGAAGGAUAUCAGAGAGCUGUUUAGUGCUCAUGGGCAUCUCAAAUCCGUACGUCUUCCGAAGAAGUUCGACUCGCGUUCGCGUGGUUUCGCGUUCUUGGAGUUCCUCACCCGGCACGAAGCGGAGAACGCAUAUGCUGCACUACGGCACACGCAUUUACUUGGGAGACAUCUUGUACUUCAGUGGGCGGAAGAGGCUGAACAGGACAUAGAGGUGCUACGGAAGAAGGCGGGCGUGGGGUAUGGUGACGGUGCUGAACUGCCUGGGCGUAAACGGAAACUUGAAAUUGCGGGAGAUGAUACUGGUGGUGAUGUAGAAUGAUGACGUACAUAGAACAACCUCAUUUACCAGGACGAUAUUUUGACAUCGCCUCCUCCAGCGAAACGACAAUGCACGAGCCACUGCAGAACAUCCGAAUCAUUAAUUGAGCAGUCGCAGUUUUGGUUUGCCGACGGGGACAUCGUGAUUGGUGUCGAAGCUUGAAG